CAUCUGCUAUCCAAACACCUCGAAUUUCAUCAAAAAUACUUCGCUGCGUGUCAUAUUUUUAUUAAGUACAUAGUUAUAUUUGUUUCAGGGCUGCAGCUUGUUCGACACAUUACUUCUGGAAAACUUAAUGGUGACAAAAUUGGUUCCACAUCAGUGACCCUCCUUCCUUCAAGUAUUGGAUCUGGGACAUUUUCUGCAGAUACUCAAACAGCUGGGAGUGUUUGUCUGCUAAUGCAGUUGGCUCUACCUUGUUUGUUAUAUGCACCUGAAGUAUCUAAAUUGAUUCUGAAGGGAGGGACAAAUGCAGAAAUGGCACCACCAAUUGAGUAUAUGACUGACGUUUUUAGACCCAUUGUAAAAAGGUUGGGCGUAGAGUUUGAUUGUGACAUUGUAAGAAGAGGUUAUUAUCCCAAAGGAGGAGGAGAGAUUCAUGUGAAAGUGAAGCCAGUUAAGCAGCUGAAGCCAUUACAGUUGCUGGAGAGAGGAUCCUUAGUCAGGAUAACUGGUUGUGCUUUUGUCGCUGGUGUACUUCCUUUCAAGAUAGCUCAAACAAUGGCCAGAGAAGCUCACAGGAUGUUGAAGAAAAAGUAUCCAGAUGUUCAAAUAAAUGUAGAGCCAGUCCAAGAAUCUGCCGACAAAGCACAUGGAAAUGGAACUGGAAUAAUGGUGAUGGCUGAAUCUACAACUGGAUGUAGAAUGGCUGGCUCAGCAAUUGGAAGGAAAGGUGUACCAGCAGAGGAAGUAGCCCGGAAUGCUGUGGAUGAAUUGACAAAUAAUCUUCAAUAUGACAGCUGUGUUGAUGAACAUCUUCAAGAUCAGUUAAUCAUAUUUAUGGCACUGGCUGCAGGUCACUCAUCGAUCAGAUGUGGACCACUCACAAUGCAUACACAAACAGCAAUUCACGUGGCUGAGAAAAUUAUGAAAGCAAAGUUCAAGGUUCAAGAGAAUUCUGACACGAAAGAAUGUAUUAUUGAAUGUCAAGGAAUAGGUUUACAAAACUCAAGUCUAUAAUAAUCAGUACAUUAUUCUCCUGUAAAUAACCAUUGAAUUAUAGUAAGAAUAAAUUUCACAUUGUCAGGA